GUCUUAAACUCUCCUCUCCCCCGUCCUCCAAGAACCUCUCCCCCGUCCUCCAAGAACCUCUCCCCACGUCCUCCAAGUACCUCUCCCCCGUCCUCCUCAAGAACCUCUCCCCACGUCCUCCAAGUACCCUCUCCCCCGUCCUCCAAGAACCUCUCCCCACGUCCUCCAAGAACCUCUCCCCACGUCCUCCAAGUACCUCUCCCCCGUCCUCCAAGAACCUCUCCCCACGUCCUCCAAGAACCUCUCCCCCGUCCUCCAAGAACCUCUCCCCACGUCCUCCAAGUACCUCUCCCCCGUCCUCCAAGAACCUCUCCCCACGUCCUCCAAGUACCUCUCCCCCGUCCUCCAAGAACCUCUCCCCACGUCCUCCAAGAACCUCUCCCCCGUCCUCCAAGAACCUCUCCCCCGUCUCCAAGAACCUCUCCCCCGUCCUCCAAGAACCUCUCCCCCGUCCUCCAAGAACCUCUCCCCCGUCCUCCAAGAACCUCUCCCCCGUCCUCCAAGAACCUCUCCCCCGUCCUCCAAGAACCUCUCCCCCGUCCUCCAAGAACCUCUCCCCCGUCCUCCAAGAACCUCUCCCCCGUCCUCCAAGAACCUCUCCCCUGUCCUCCAAGAACCUCUCCCCUGUCCUCCAAGAACCUCUCCCCCGUCCUCCAAGAACCUCUCCCCCCGUCCUCCAAGAACCUCUCCCCCGUCCUCCAAGAACCUCUCCCCGUCCUCCAAGAACCUCUCCCCCGUCCUCCAAGAACCUCUCCCCGUCCUCCAAGAACCUCUCCCCCGUCCUCCAAGAACCUCUCCCCCGUCCUCCAAGAACCUCUCCCCUGUCCUCCAAGAACCUCUCCCCCGUCCUCCAAGAACCUCUCCCCUGUCCUCCAAGAACCUCUCCCCCGUCCUCCAAGAACCUCUCCCCUGUCCUCCAAGAACCUCUCCCCCGUCCUCCAAGAACCUCUCCCUGUGUCCUCCAAGAACCUCUCCCCCGUCCUCCAAGAACCUCUCCCCCGUCCUCCAAGAACCUCUCCCCUGUCCUCCAAGAACCUCUCCCCCGUCAUCCAAGAACCUCUCCCCCGUCCUCCAAGAACCUCUCCCCCGUCCUCCAAGAACCUCUCCCUGUCCUCCAAGAACCUCUCCCCUGUCCUCCAAGAACCUCUCCCCCGUCCUCCAAGAACCUCUCCCCCGUCCUCCAAGAACUCUCCCCCGUCCUCCAAGAACCUCUCCCCCGUCCUCCAAGAACCUCUCCCCCGUCCUCCAAGACCUCUCCCCUGUCCUCCAAGAACCUCUCCCCCGUCCUCCAAGAACCUCUCCCCCGUCCUCCAAGAACCUCUCCCCGUCCUCCAAGAACCUCUCCCCCGUCCUCAAGAACCUCUCCCCUGUCCUCCAAGAACCUCUCCCCCCGUCCUCCAAGAACCUCUCCCCCGUCCUCCAAGAACCUCUCCCCCGUCCUCCAAGAACCUCUCCCCCGUCAUCCAAGAACCUCUCCCCCGUCCUCCAAGAACCUCUCCCCCGUCCUCCAAGAACCUCUCCCCCGUCAUCAAGAACCUCUCCCCCGUCCCUCCAAGAACUCUCCCCCCGUCCUCCAAGAACCUCUCCCCCGUCCUCCAA